UCCAAAGCGGCCAAACCUUAACCUGGCUGGCGCUGUGAGGACUGGAGUGGGAAUGAAUAAGGGGAGUAUUAACGACACGUCGGGAAUGGAGAAGUUCUUGGAGGAAUAACGCGGAGGAAAUAAGCGCCGGGGUACAUGUGACGUGUCCGUUUUUAUAGUUGAACUUUUACGCGUCGCGGUUCUUGUUUUCUUUUGCCUCCACCCGACUUCAUUGACUGUUCGCAGCAGCAGCAGCCGCAGCCGCAGCGGAGGCGCUGAAACCCGGCGGAAGUAGCAGCUGAUCCCGUCCUCUGAUCACCGUCUGGACCCAGCGACAGGGUUGGGUACGGAAACCCGGUGCCAAUAUCCUUGUUCCUAUACGGAAAAGUUUCUAUACGACCGGUAUGGACCUGACUAAAUGGCAGCAGGGCUUGUCUUCGCUAGAACAUGGACUAAAAUUAAAGAGGAACCAGCUGCAUCAUCAUAUUCAUCACCACUGUGGACAUAUACACGCUAGCUUCCCCCUGACAUGGCCUCCUCCCCCGGGCUGGUUGCUAACACGUUACCGCUGCUUCAGCUACAGGAGGUGGACUCCAGCAAAUCUUCCGAGCGGCAGAGCUCCCCUGGACUCCUGCCCGCCGUAUACAGCCCUCCUCUGGGCAUGGACAGCCACCCCGUCUGCAUCCCCUCUCCGUACGCAGACAGCAGCCACGAGUACAACCACGGCCACGGCCCUCUGACCUUCUACGGCCCGUCCGUGCUGAGCUACGCCAGGCCACCCGUCACUGACAGCCCGUCGUCUCUGUGCCCCUCCCUCAGCCCGUCAGCCUUCUGGCCCUCCCACAGCCACCCCAACAUGCCCUCACUGGCUCUGCGCUGCUCUCAGCCGCUCGUCUACAAUGAACCCAGCCCACAUGCAGCCUGGCUGGAGCCCAAAACCCACAGCAUCAAUGCCAACAGCUCCAUCAUCGGCUGCAACAAGCCGCUGGGGAAGAGACCAGGGGAGGGAGUGGAAGGCAUGAACUCCUCCCUGUGUUCGUCUGCUGUGGGGAAGGCCGACAUGCACUUCUGCGCCGUGUGCCACGACUACGCCUCGGGGUACCACUACGGUGUGUGGUCCUGCGAGGGCUGCAAGGCUUUCUUCAAGAGGAGCAUCCAAGGACACAACGACUACAUCUGCCCCGCCACAAAUCAAUGCACUAUCGACAAGAACCGACGUAAAAGCUGCCAGGCCUGCCGCCUACGUAAAUGCUAUGAAGUGGGCAUGAUGAAGUGUGGUGUAAGGCGUGAGCGCUGCAGCUACCGGGGAACCCGACACCGCCGCGGUGGACUCCAGCUCCGGGAUCAGACCGGCAGGGGUUUGGUCCGGGUGGGGCCGGGUGCUCGGGCCCAGCGGCAUCUCCACCUGGAGGCUCCUCUCGCCCCGCCUCCCCCCCUCCCUCAGGCCAACCACGCACACCAAUCGGGCAUGAGCCCAGAGGAGUUCAUCUCCCGCAUCAUCGAGGCGGAGCCCCCAGACAUCUACCUCAUGGAGGACCUGAAGAAGCCCUUCACCGAGGCCAGCAUGAUGAUGUCCCUCACCAACCUGGCGGACAAGGAACUGGUUCUCAUGAUCAGCUGGGCUAAAAAGAUCCCUGGCUUUGUAGAGCUGAGUCUAGUGGACCAGAUCCACCUGCUGAAGUGCUGCUGGCUCGAGAUCCUGAUGUUGGGCCUGAUGUGGAGGUCGGUGGAUCAUCCUGGAAAACUCAUCUUCUCUCCCGACUUCAAACUCAACAGGGAGGAGGGAGUGUGCGUGGAGGGCAUCAUGGACAUUUUCGACAUGCUGCUGGCAGCCACGUCUCGGUUUCGUGAGCUGAAGCUUCAGCGGGAGGAGUAUGUUUGUCUGAAGGCCAUGAUCCUCCUCAACUCCAAUGUAGUGACGAGCUCCCCUCAGACGGCCGAGGAGCUGGAGAGCAGGAACAAGCUGCUGCGUCUGCUGGACUCGGUGAUCGACGCUCUGGUCUGGGCCAUUUCCAAACUGGGCCUGUCAACCCAGGAGCAGACUCUGCGCCUUGGACACCUCACCAUGCUGCUCUCCCACAUCCGCCACGUCAGUAACAAAGGCAUGGACCAUCUGUCCACCAUGAAGAGGAAGAACGUGGUGCUGGUGUACGACCUCCUCCUGGAGAUGCUGGACGCCAGCACGUCCAGCAGCGGCAGUCAGGCGUCGUCCUCGCCCAGCUCCGACACAUACUCGGACCAGCACCAGUACCAGUACCCUCCUCCCCCAUCUCACCCGCAGAUGGCCCCAGAGCACACGGCCGCCGGCCAGACCGCCGUGCCUCCGCAUGGACCCGCCGAAGCCCCGACCCUGAACAGACACCUGCAGGCUGCGCCCCCCCAGUCCCAGUCCUCACCUUCAAUUCACAUGGACAGCAAUGAGUACAUCCAUCAGUGGUCAAUGGAUACGGGGGAGACAGGUCUGUCGGCAGAACUGACAGACUACAUCGUCACCGAUCGAGUCGUCAUGGAAACCGCCUUAGAGGGGUGACUGGCCUGAAAGAGACUAACUGAGAUUGAACCUUUCAUGGCUUUCCAUCCCCCAGAGAUCGAGAAAAGGAAACAAACAAAAAAUUAUAAAAAAAUAAAUAAAAAAAAAGCAGAAAGCGCUGUUGUGAGGUAAAGUGUUUUUAGUCUUUGAAAACGUUUCAACGUUUUUGAUCGAAUGUAUAUUUUACGUGCAUUAAUAUUUCUUUGUGAAUGUGAAUUGGACCUCUGCCAGUCAGUUUGAGCUCUUUUUUGAUAUACAGUAUUUGUAUCUCUUUUUUCACCUCGGUAUAACAUCCAGAACAAGCCAUCUACAAUCUGCAAUGACUAACAAAAAAGUUGCAUGUGGUCCAUUUCCAUAAGGGAUGUUAGUCAUAUAGCUAAAGAAAAAAAAGGGCGGUGUUUUCUAUCACACUGGGGUGUUUUUCUCCUUCACUACUACUUGUAUUUGUGUGUUAAUGGUGCCUGUUUAUCCAGGAUUUUUCUACUCUUUGUACAAACUACAAGUUUCAGUGGAGUCAAGAAUCAGCUGUUUGUGGCCUUUAAACAAAAUGACUGUUAACGUGAGCUUUCUUCUUGUUCGUCUGGUUAAACUAAGGCUGGAUUUACACAGUAGGAUAUGUGGCACAAAUCCUCUUUAACACUUGGAAAAAAAGUCAAAUUUAAUUCAAUACACUACACGAGUUGACUGCCCUUUUUUAAGGUAUUAAAAGUUAUUGUGUAAAUAUAUCAACCUUUUUACUGUACAUAUGUUACAUUCCUAACAUAAAUUGCUCGGCACCGGCAUAAGUCAAAUUAACCCAGUGCCGAUUUACUGUAUGUAACUACGAUGUAUAGUCGUAGAUUUAAAGACCCCUUUAAAAGCUAUUCAAUGAAGUCCUGUCCGCCUUAGCUGUAGACUAAAGCAAACAUACCAAAUGUAGGCAUAUUAUUAAUAUAACUAUGCUAACUGUAUGCAUUUUAGGAUACUACCACGCUAAAAAUUACACGCUAAACAUUAGUUUGGUUAUUGUACGCACGUCGAUGUACUCACAUUAGCGUGUCAGCACCGUAACGGUCUGUCGGCCGUAGCUGUAAUUCAAGAGAAAAGCUAACAUGAUGUGCUAACAUCAGCGUGUAGCUAAACAAGCUAACAUGCCAAAUUUACAUUCAAUGUAACUUUGUAAAAUUGUAGUGUGUUUGGCUGCAAAGAAAGUAAAAUUUGCAACCAUAAGGAUGUUUAUUCAAUCUACUUUUUAAAGCAAGUGCCCUUUAUGUAGUAUAUUAAAGUACAGUAGACCAGAUCUCAUUAUUUGCAAUUAUUUUAGGACACAACUCCUAUUGGCCAGUUUAAACUAACUACUAUCACACCUGCAGUAGGCGGUCACUUGUAGCCUACCCUAGUGCAGGCAGCGAACAUCGCAAACCAAGCAAACACGACAGAACCGUCAAUGUUCUUUGUGUAAUUUGCGCACUUUCCCGAAUGGACAACGCACGAGCAUUGGCUCGUUUAGUUGUUUUUGGCUUUAUGGACACGAGGAACCAUUGGCUCAUGUCCUAUUGUCUUCUCGCAUGUUUAAAGCCUCAAGUUUGGGGCUUGUUUGCCGUGGUGUUUUUGACUACGUCCUCGUAACCGCACCGCUGUUCUCUCGGAAGAGAACCGUCCCAGUUCGGGUUUGCUUUGAAACGGAAAGAGUUAAUCCUCGGAAUAUUGGAUUUAUACCGCAAAUGCAUAAUUGAUGUCCUUUUUGGAUGUUAAGACGUGACCCGCGCCACUUCUCUGCCAAUGUAAAUUCAACCUUAGUGCCAGAUUAUCCUGCCACUGCUAAAUAAUCACUAUCCUUUUUUUUCUGGUGUCUGUACUGUAGCUUGUGCAUGCAUGCAACACACACACACACACACACACACACACACACACACCUAAAUCUGAUGCUGAAAAUAUUUCUGUUUGUGCACAACACACAUUCAUAUUUCAGAUCUUGUAGAAGUUUUUGCCGGUCAAACCAUCAGCUCUAUCUUAGCUGUGUCUCUACACACUACACACACAAUUUAUUGUCAAUUGAAAAUUUACAAUCUAUACAUUCCAUAAAUGACAGUUCACAAAAUAAAUCCAACUUUACACAA